CGCAGUCGAAGCCGCGAACAUGAACACGGAGAAGGACUUUUCGCCCCUGACGCCCAACAUCGUGAGGGCGCUGAAUGACAAGCUGUACGAGAAGAGGAAAGUCGCAGCCCUAGAAAUUGAAAAGCUGGUGCGGGAAUUCGUCGCUCAGAACAACUCUACGCAGAUCAGGCAUGUGAUCCAGAUUCUGGCCUCGGAAUUUGCCCUCUCCCAGCACCCCCACAGCCGCAAGGGGGGACUCAUUGGACUGGCAGCUUGCUCUAUCGCCCUCGGCAAGGAUUCAGGUCUUUAUCUGAAGGAGCUUAUUGAGCCCGUGCUCACGUGUUUUAACGAUUCAGACAGUCGCUUGCGCUAUUAUGCAUGUGAGGCUCUAUAUAAUAUAGUCAAGGUGGCCAGGGGGGCUGUGCUGCCUCACUUCAAUCUCCUCUUUGAUGGUCUCAGCAAGCUUGCAGCAGAUCCAGAUCCCAAUGUAAAAAGUGGAUCUGAACUCCUAGACAGACUGCUGAAAGACAUAGUGACAGAAAGUAGCAAGUUUGACCUAGUAGCCUUUGUCCCGUUGUUGAGAGAAAGAAUCUACUCCAAUAACCAGUAUGCCAGACAGUUCAUUAUUUCUUGGAUCCAUGUUCUGGAGUCAGUGCCAGACAUCAACCUGUUGGACUACCUUCCCGAGAUCCUGGACGGGCUCUUCCAGAUCCUUGGGGACAACAGCAAGGAGAUCCGCAGGAUGUGCGAGGUGGUGCUGGGAGAGUUUCUCAAGGAGAUUAAGAAGACUCCCUCCAGUGUGAAAUUUGCCGAGAUGGCCAACAUCCUGGUCAUCCACUGCCAGGUUGCAGACGAGACCAAACUGACAAAUGACCUGAUCCAGCUGACGGCCAUGACCUGGAUGAGAGAGUUUAUCCAGCUCGCAGGCAGAGUGGUGCUGCCUUACACCUCUGGCAUCCUAACUGCAGUGCUGCCUUGUCUGUCUUACGAUGACAGGAAGAAGAAUACCAAAGAAGCAGCCAGUGCCUGCAAUCACAGUUUGAUGAAGCUGGUGACGCCUGAGGAUGACGAGGAGGAGACGGAUGAGGAGGAGAAAAACGACAGCACCGUGUCUAAGGAUGACAGUCAACCCAAGACGGAGACCGACAGCAACGAUAUGCUGAAUGCGUCACAGGAAUCUGUCGGUUUGAGUAACAUCAGCUUCUUCACUCCAGCAAAUUGUGACAGGCCUCAGGUAACUCUGGACCUAGACGGUAUCGUCCAGGUGUUGGAUCGCCAUCUCCACGACUCCUCCACGGGCAUGAUGACUCGCAUAGCUGUGCUCAAGUGGCUUUACCACCUCUACAUCAAGACGCCGCGCAAAAUGUUCCGCCAUACAGACAGCUUGUUUCCCAUGCUCCUGAAAACGCUGUCCGACGAGUCCGAUGAGGUGAUACUGAAAGACCUGGAGGUGUUGGCGGAGAUAGCGUCCUCUCCCGCUGGCCAAACAGACCCAGGUGGCUCUUGUGACAACAUUGACAACAAACUGGUGCUGAAGGUCCCAGAUUGCGCCAAGCCAGGACAGCAGCAUAGCUCAAAGGCAGCUGAUUCAUCCCCCUCCACUCCCAGUAUGAAUUCCUACUUUUACAAGUUCAUGAUCAAUCUCCUGAAACGCUUCAGCCUCGAAAGGAAGCUUCUAGAGAAUAGAGGCGCCUUCAUCAUUAGGCAGCUGUGUUUGUUACUUCACGCAGAGAACAUCUUCCACUCCAUGGCUGACAUCUUGCUCAAAGAGGAGGACCUCAAAUUUGCCUCCACUAUGGUUCAGACACUCAACACCAUCCUGCUCACCUCGGCUGAACUUUUCCAGUUGCGCAACCAGCUGAAAGACCUGCACACGCAGGAGAGCUGCACAUUGUUCUGCUGCCUGUAUCGAUCCUGGUGCCACAACCCAGUAGCCACGGUUUCGCUGUGUUUCCUCACGCAGAACUACAAGCACGCCUACGACCUGAUCCAGAAGUUCGGAGAUCUGGAGGUGACUGUGGACUUCCUGAUGGAGGUUGACAAGCUGGUACAGCUUAUCGAAAGCCCUAUUUUCACCUACCUGCGCCUGCAGCUCCUGGAUGUGGAGAACAACCCGUAUCUGAUUAAGGCCCUGUAUGGCCUAUUGAUGUUGCUGCCACAGAGCCAGGCUUUCCAGCUGCUCUCGCACCGCUUGCGAUGUGUCCCUAACCCGGAGCUCAUGAGGACUGUGGAUGAGUCUAAGUACCUGGACUCUAAACAGCAAAUGGCCUCAAAACGUGCCUCUCAGACUCAGAUGGACUACAGCGAACUGCUUCAACACUUUGACCGUGUGCAGAGCAAACACCUGGAGGUACGACACCAGCGCUCCGGGCGUGCCACUGAUCACUCUGACAGGAAGUUGAUGUAAACUUAUUUGGCCACUGGUUCUUGACAACAGAUAGGGGAGUGAGACAAAAAGCAAUAGAGUCAUACUGGAAAAGACUGUGAAGUUGAUAUUAAACCAAAAUGUUUACGGUGAGCCCAGUUACAAACCAAUUCAUAUGUUAUUGUCGAAUCUACUUGCAAAUGAUGAAGAAAAUGUUGUGUAACCUGAGAAACAGACAAGUUCCUGCUUAAAUUGAAGAUUUAGAGCAUGUAUAUAUGUUGUAAAAAUAACUAUAUCACAAAUAUAAGUCAUCCCCUGAAUCCAUCUAAAUUAAAUGUUGAGCCUUAAUGUCAUUUAUCAAGGGAGGAACCGUGUAGAGUUCAUGUUGCAGCUGGGUAUGACCCUGUUAUUACAGCUAUUGCCUUUAGUGCUGCUGAUCAAAAACUUCACUUUUACAUACUUUUAGAUUUUAAUUUUUUCUGUCCUGUAUAUUAAGCUAACACUGCAAGCUUACUGUACACUGUGUGUACAGUGCCUGAUGUCUACUCUUAAAAAGACUUGCACUUUUGUCAUUCCUGUGUGAAAAUUAAUAAAGCGGACCAUGUGAUUAAAA